ACACCCUGCUUCCGACAUCCGUUCACCCUUCAUCAGCCCGCGUGCGCUCUCGUCUCUCUCCCGGUCUCCUCCUCUCCUUCGACGACAAGGCGGGCUACCGCCGCCGCCGCCCUACGCAGGUGCCGAGGCCUUCACCGGUCUCUUCGCCGUCGACGAGCACUCACUAGAGAUGCAGGAUAGAAUGAGACGGCAGGGGCAAUACGGUGAAGCAGAUAUCAACUCCAUGGUUGCUGCCCAGUUGCAUCAUUACCAGGCACAGCAAAGGGUACAGCAACACCCUGAGAAUAGCUACAGUGGAAGAGACCCUGCGCAAGCUUCUGGGGAGCAUCAGUACACUCCCCCGAAGGUGAGACAGAGUCAAUGGGAUCAAGGUGGACCAAACGUCCCAAGCCAGGUUCCAUCGUAUGCAUAUAACAAAGCCCAAGGUGCUGGAGGUGCGCAAUCCUUUUACGAUGGCAAGAGAUCUGAUUCAAAGGUUGGUCUAGAGAAGCAGCCCAGCAAGGAAUCUAGGGACCAACCUCAUAUUGAUCGGACUGAAACAAGAUACGAGAAUUAUAAUCUUCCUCGGACUUUUGAAGGUCUUGAACAAAGUUUUCACGAAGACAUUAUUUUGCUAUCCAAGGAACUACAGGAUGCAGAGGAUGCUGAAAAUUCUAGACACAUGGAGAGAUUGAAGGAGAUAAAUACACAGUACCAGGAGAAACUAUUAGCACUUCGAGCUCGGCAAGCAAACUAUAGAGAUGAGUUUCUGCGUAAGGAAUCUCUAGCACGCCAGCAGCAAUACCAGCAUGCCAGCAUGAGCCAUUAUGCCAAUAAUUCGGCAGCUGGGGAACAGCAUGGUUAUCACCCAACAGCCUUGCCUGGGGAGCAGCAUGGUUAUAAUCCAACACCUCCUGCUGCUGCUGGAGGUGCUUACGGAGAGGCUCAUCGAGGUUAUGCUUCUGGCCAGUAUGAAUCCUUCAGCGACCGUCCAGAUUACCCAGAGUUCCAUGGUGGGGGCAGAGGUCGUGGUCGUGGUUCUGAGCACCGUGGUCAAUACCCUGGUGGUCGUGCUUAUAACUCUGGUGGCCGGCGGUUCUAGGUAUGCCUUGAAGAACGAUCUGUCACUCUGUCAGGCGGGCUCAGAUCACCUGAUGGCAGUGUGCCGUGCCUUGCUGUACUCGAUGCAGAAUGCUUUAGAAGCUUGGUGUUGCAACCUCCUGGAAACCUAAGGGUUCAUAAAACUUGUUCUACAGUUCGAGGUUACUGGUAUGAGAGCAUUGAACUACUUUUAUGGUUAUGCCAGAGUUCAUUCUGGUUGUAGUUUGUAGACGAACGAGAGAAUAUUGACUUUGCUGUUUCUCUGCUAUUCAUGUUAUAUCGUCUCGGAAGCAAUAAAAUUUCAUCCUCUUUACUGGUAUCA